CUUAUUCAAAUCCCUGGAGGCUACAAACGCGUAUCUCUGUUUCAAAGAUAAGGAAAAAAUUCGUUUUAGAGGUAUUUCUGAAUGACGUGUCUCGAUGGAACUUUUAAUGAUGACUUUUUUGACACGCUAUAUAUUUACAAGUCUACCGAUCCUCACAGUUGGGCUGAUAUCUCGAUGUUACACAAUAGAUCUACUUUUAUUGUCAAGUCCUGAUACGAAAUUUAAUUAAAUUCUUAUAUAACAAACUAUAAAAAGAUGAACAUCCAGCUGAGAUCGGAAGUCAAGCCAGUAUAAAUCAACGACUCUCUGCGGCUGUCUCCAGUUGAAGUUAGGACCAUCUUCGAGCUCCAGUUUUGUGUUUGUUUUCGUCGGACAAACGUAAAUGCCACAUGUAAAUGAGACAUCAUUUGCUAGUUAAUGCUAUUCAGGAAAGAAAGCGUUUGACCUAUUUGUAUAGGAGUUCACGCAUGGUCUAGCAUUGAGAACUGUUAUCUAACAAAACAAACCAAGACAGUCAGAACCUGAAUCGUUUAUUCCGUCAACAAGAACAUUUACGUACCUCGAAGCCUACAAUACUGGUGUUUGUUCCUUUUGGGAUACAAGCAUGAAUACUACUUCGUUAAGUAAUGGCUCUUCGAAGCCCAUGUUUACGCAAGAUCAGUGUCAAAAUGGACCGAUUCCUGAUGGUGAUGAGCAGCAAGCAAUGUUCCAAGCAUUCUGUCGGUGUAACAUCUUACCUCAUCCUCUUCUCGUCGAAGAAAUCUUCAGCAAGUUCUUUUUGACUGUUUCAGUGAUGGGGAAUCUGUUGGUAAUAAUUGUGCUUUAUCGUAUGAAGAGAGGGUUCUUUAAUGCCCCAAUGAAAGCUCUACUUCAAAAUCUGUCCAUAGCCGACACUGCUGUUUGUGUUUUGUACAAUGUCAAUGAUGCGGUUGGCGUCGGUUCGCCCUUGACCACUAGCGGUUUUUGCAAGCUUUUUGGUGGUCUUUUAUGGGCAUCCUUGAGCAGUUCAUCUUGUGCUGUUUGUUGUGUUUCCAUUGAGCGAUACCUGGCUGUCGUUAAACCAUUAGAGUUCAACUUGACCAAGAAAAAGGCAUUGCUGAUGAUCAUAUUUUCAUGGUAUUAUUCGCUACUCUUCACCAUUCUUGAUUUCUACUUUCUGGAGAAGAUAGUGUACAAAGUGUGUUUGCGCGGGGAUGUCGCUAUCUGCGGCUACAGCCACUUGCCCGAUAUAGAUGUCACCGUGCUCAAUUUGCUCAACAUUAUAGCUACGUUCAUCAUUCCUCUCAUCAUAGUCUUGUACACUAAUGUGUCUAUCAUGGCAGUCAUGGUCAAGUCAGCCAAGGCAAAAAAGAAGAACACAACAGACCAGAGUAACAAACACUCGGGAGUCAUCAUGAUCGUCUUUCUGCUUACCGCAAUUUAUGUCAUAUGUUCAGUGCCGUUUACCGUCAACUAUGUUCUUAACGCUAUACCGGUUGUUAUAGAUGUUCCGAGACAAUUUACGGCAGUGGCGUACUACUUAAUGUUGGCAAACAGCUCGUGUAAUCCUUUCAUAUAUUCGUUCUUCAGCGCGGAGUUUCGAAGGGAGUGUGCGAACCUGAUUUCCCUCCCUUACAACUGGAUAAAAGACAAAAUUAAUGGGUAGAAAAUAGAAACGCACUUUUUAAUCAUUGCGUGAUUGCAAUCAAGAGAACAAACACCAAAAACAAACAGUAUAACAGUUAGGAAACUGCUUCUUUUCUUGGUGAUCUUGAAUUUCUGUCUCUUCUGUGACGCAUGCGACAUAAGAAGACACCUUUACACAUGCUAUGAUGAAGUUAUCACUUAAUCUAAAGUCAAUUAGUGCGGCAGAGAAAUAAGAUUAAAAACAGCCUACCAAAACCUUAACAGUGGGGGCUAAAUUUAUACACACAAAAGAGUGUUGUUGAAUGUACAAUAUUACUAUUGGCCUUGCUAUUCAAAAUAUAACUCAUUAGAUCUCCUGAAAGACAUCAAAGGACGUCAACAUCAAAUGGAAAUGUUUCCACCAAACUGUACAACGCCGGAACAUUACAGUAGUUGAUGUAGGAAUUCCAGUUUCAAUCUUUCAACUAAACGCAAUAAGAUUUCAGGAUUAAAGUUAAUCUCUUUAUUUUGUUCAAUGAACCAGACUCUUAGACAACUCUUGUGCGAAAAUGCUCCUAAGUUAUGGACAAUGAUGGGAAGUUGAUUAUUUUUUGGUGACAUACGACCUCCAGCGUAUAUUGGCUUUCAAAAGUGGGUUUCAAUAUUGAAAUCCAUUUGAUGAAUAAUGGACCUGGAGCAAUCGUUAGCCUGCAGCGCCAAGAUACAGUGUAAAAAAAUCAUUUCAUAUAAUGAUAUACAAAUAAAUAAAUGAAUAUACUUUUGGUUGCACUC